UCUCCUCUUUUCAAGUGUGGUCACAGUGGUUUUCGACGUGUGUGAGUUUUUUGAACGAGAGGUAACGACUGAAAACCUAAAAAGGCGUGCCUCGUCAAUUUCAACAGCAGCAGCAUAAUUACCCUGUAAAGCAGUCACCAUGAAAUUGUCUGCAUUGUUGUUAGUCGCUAUGGCCACGGUGGUAGCAGAGCGGUGGGUUGUUGAAGCUAGAAGAUACAAAACUUACAUUUGCGGUCAGCCGGCUGAUAUCGUCUUCGUUAUAGACGGGUCCAGAAGCAUUUGGCCCGUGGAUUUCAAGGAAAGGAUGAUUGGGUUUCUGAAGAGCUUCAUCAAGGAAUUCAAUAUCCAAGACGAUGGAUCAGGAACACGUAUCGGAGCCAUGGUAUUCAGCUCGGACACGCCUUACCAGACCAAAAUAGAGUUCAACUUGAAAGACCACUUUAGUCGCGAAUCACUUAACAAAGCCAUAGAUAAGAUCCAGCAAACCAAGGGGCAGACCAGAACCGAUAUAGCCUUGCAGAUAGUUCGUGAACAAAUGUUCACCAGAGAGAACGGCGCCCGUAUCGGCGAGGUCCCUCAGAUAGCCAUAGUUCUCACCGACGGUAAUUCCGACUUCGAAGAGAAGACGGCGAAGCAAGCAGCGCUGACAAAAGCAAAGGGAAUCAAAGUUUUUGCCAUUGGGAUUGGAAAGGUGGAUGAGAAAGAAUUGAAAGUCAUAGCAACCGGGCCAGACGAGGUGAUUACAGUGGGCGACUUCUCGGCUUUGGCAGGCAUAAAGCGUGAACUCAGCAUUAAGACCUGUGAAAUCAAACCACCAUGUGUCAUCACAACCGAUUGUGGUGAUGAUCUGCAGACAGAUGUCACUUUCGUGCUCAGCGAAAGCGUCACAACAACUCCCGGAACCACGACGGAAAGUAUCGAACUUAUCCGAAACAUCACGAGCAAGUUCAACAUCGGGAAAGACGAGAUUCAGGUAUCGCUAGUGCCCGUGACAAGACCGGGUCCAGGCUUCUAUUUCAAAGAUUACUCGGAUUAUGAUGGAAUUGAUGGUCAUUUGGAGAAAUUUGAAGCAAGAAUUAAGGUAUUGGAGACAACGGGAGCACGCAUCCGAGCGAUGACAGACAUGCUGUACGACCAAAAGAACGGGGCACGCCCUGGGGUCCGUAAACUUGGUAUCAUAAUCCUAGAUGGCGCUUCAGCAAACGUACGCAAAACUAUGGCCGCUGCUAGCGCCGCCUACAAUCGAGGCGUCGAGAUGGUUGCCAUAGGAAUAGGAGACAGCGUCAACCUUAAAGAGCUGCGCUCUAUUGGACGCAACUCCAGGAGAGUCAUCCGACUGCCGGAUUAUGAAAGUUUCAAUGGGCUGAAAAGGACCCUAUUUUACCGUAUCACCUGCAAAGGGCGCACUGAACCGGACCCUGACGAUAUUUGCGACCCGGGAGAUGAGGAAGAAAAAUAAUCCGGGACUUAGUACAAGUGUAUAACAACACGUAUAUCAUUCCGAUUCCAAAUCGCAAGCCAAAAUGAACUGAAUUGGAAACCAUGUUUCAACGUAAUGCGAGAUAUCACGUUAUUGGCAUGCCGCCAUAAAAUUUUAGACUCGAUUUCUAGUAAGCUUUGUCUUUUUGCUAUUUUCACGUUUUUCUUAACAGAUAAAUACGGAUAAUUCAACCCUUUAUUUUUAUUUCCAUGCAGUAUAAUUGAUUCGUUUCCCUUUGCCAUUCUAAGUAUUGACGUAAGUUUAUCAUCACAUCUGCCAAAUCAAAUAGUUCUUAAGGCGUUAUAUAUGUUGCUGAAUUCCAUGUACAGUGUGUAUUGUCUAAAUGUAUUCCUUGAGUGUACCUGACCUCAACGAAUUUCAGUGUUUUGUUAAAUUUUAUUUCUUUUUUGUUCAACCCAGUUCAAAUUAUAAUAGCUAAUUAUUAACUGUUUUUAACUUGGAAGAAAUAGUUAUGCGCUUUUAUUUUUGAAUUGAUGUUUUGAAUCAUCGAAGUACUGGCAGACUGUCCAUGGUGUGUGGAGUCACGUCUUAACUGCUGACGUCAUAUAUGGUAUAAAGAUCAAUGUCGAAUGUGAGCAUGAGUGUGUGUGUGUGUGUGUGUGAAUGUGUGUGUGUGUGUGCUCUCCUUAAGUGAUUUUAUUGUUGUUACACAUUAAUGUCUGCUUAUGUCAUACUUAACAUCUGUAAGUAUCGAGCAAUAACAUAAAGGUUUGCGCCUACUACAGUCGGGCAAAUUCUUUGACGAUCUUUUAAAAUUGGCUUGCUUAUUAAUUUAUGUCUUAAUAACAGAUAAUAUAUUAUUAUUAAUUUUUAUAAUCAGCAGCAAUGUAUUUUCCCUGAUGAUUGGAACGAUCAAUGGACUUCGAGGCACAAUAUAAUUGUGAAAAUGUACAUAAAUUUUCCAUACGAUUAAACUGAUUUUGUGUCA